CUAGGUGGCUGCCCCCCCCUCCUGAGAUGUCAGGAAGGAGGGGGCCACCUGUGUCCCCCACAGGGGCCCCCUGGAGCCUGGGGGCCCCCAGCCCGGGAGCUCGGAGGCAAAGGAGGUGCUGACAGGUGCUCAGCGAGAUGCUCCCCCAUCCCUCAUGGUCCCUCCCCAUCCUCCUCCUUUGCCUCCUCCCCAGUGUCCCAAUGGAACCCCACCCCCCACCCUCACCACUGCCCCCAUUUCCAGCCCCUGAGUGGGACCUCCUGUCCCCCCGAGUAGCACUGUCCAGGGGCGCCCCCGCAGGUCCCCCUCUGCUCUUCCUGCUGGAGGCUGGGGCCUUUGGGGAGCCACCAGGCAGCCCUGCUAACCGCAGUCGGCGAGGGGUGAGUGAGACAGCCCCAGCGAGUCGCAGGGGAGAGCUGGCUGUGUGCGAUGCAGUCAGCAGCUGGGUGACAGACCGCCGGACAGCUGUGGACCUGCGUGGGCGCGAGGUGGAGGUGCUGGGCGAGGUGCCUGCGGCCGGUGGCAGUCCCCUCCGCCAGUACUUCUUUGAGACCCGCUGCAAGGCUGACAACACUGGGGAAGGUGGCCCCGGUGCAGGUGGAGGGGGCUGCCGGGGUGUGGACCGGAGGCACUGGGUGUCCGAGUGUAAGGCCAAGCAGUCCUAUGUGCGGGCAUUGACCACUGAUGCUCAGGGCCGUGUGGGCUGGCGAUGGAUUCGAAUCGACACUGCCUGCGUCUGCACACUCCUCAGCCGGACUGGCCGGGCAUGAGGCCCAUGCCCAGGAAUUGGGCAAGCAGAGGAAGAAGAAAGCUGGAUGCUGAGGAACCUCAGGGGUGACCUGGCUGCUCUGGGCCUCAUUUUGGGAACUUGUUAAAUGGUCACAAAAUCACAGCUCUCUGACUGUAAGAGCUCAAUCUGUACAAGACAGGUGGUGAAACCAAAUGGGGUUUUGAAGGAUGAGUAGGAGUUCUCCUGUGAACUCCAGGGUGAUAAUGAUGAUGAUAGCAGCCAAUAUUUUCUGAGUGCCUACUGUUUAUCAGCUCUAAUACACAACUUGUCAGAUGAA